AUGUCGAAACGGAAGGCGGAACCCUCCAAACGACUUGCGAAACGACGGAAGGGAGAAGUCCCUGCCUUUGGUGCGGAAACUCAGGAUGAUCGGGUCAAUCUCGCAUCGAGCCUCUCUACAGCAUCUGCCUUUUCCACUCGCUCAGUGUCAUCCACUGGCCCAAUUCCUAACCUUUCAGCAUUAUGCGCGCGCUCCUUCGUCUUAAACCUGCGCGCACUACACGAAACUCGUGAUGAUUGGGAAAGCACGCUCAAGUGGUUGAAACUUAUACCCGACAAUCUGGUGCCCAAACUGUUCGCUAUGCUGAGAUCCUCCUGUCCAGAGAUACUCACCAACGCAAUGAUAACUUCCUAUUUUUUACGAGGCCCAUCGAUCGUACUGACCAGUGACCUCCCAGCAGUGAACAAAAUCACAAUUUUGGCUGUCCCUGGAGCUGGCAAUUCACUGCAUGAGCUACACCUUACAGGAUUCGUUAAAUUCGCUGACUCUGUGUUUGCAACUGUCCUGCCGUCCUUGCCGUCCCUCAGAGUCUUGGUUCUUCGUGGUUGCGUCAAAGUGGGGUCCGCCACUGCGGAAGCUGCUGCACGGUCUUGCUCCUUGCUUUCAACUGUGAACUUUAACUACACCGCUGUGCCGCCUGUGGCGCUUGUCCCACUCCUGAAAACUUGUCCUGACCUUAAGGUGCUAAAGCUUGCCGGGAUACCGAACUGGACUGAUGCAACCUUUGCAAAAUUAUCUUCUGCUGUAUUCCAAGACGAGAGUUUCAAACUGAGGAAUAUACAAACAUUGAAACUACGUCAUUUGGGCCUUUCAGAAAGCUCAAUUAGUUCUUUUUUGGCCCGCUGUCCGAACCUCAUUCGGCUGGACCUCUCCUUCACGCAUGUCCACCGACCACUGCUGGUUGUAUUAACAGAGGCGAGAAUUGAAAAGCUGUCCUUGACAUCUACUGCGAUUUCCAGCGUUGAUAUUGUGGCGCUCGUCUCUAGCCUUCCUCACAUCAAAUAUCUGGCUCUCGGGGCAUUGGGAGGUAGACAAGGGUCGUCGGUAGCUAUUGGGAACACCUCUGCGAUGACGAUGACGGACCAGACGCUGGAGUCAUUGACAGACGUGUUGAAGGAUUUUGGGCAACUCGAAAAGAUCAGUUUGGUCGGAAAUACAAAAUUGGGGGCUACUUUUCGUGGUAGUGGAGCCCUGGGAUACUUCAUCCAAUGCGCCGGAAGGAAAUGCAAGUACCUCAACUUGUCAGGUGUGCAUCACCUACAGUCCCUUCAUCUUUCUGGGCUUUUGCCGCAAGAUGCCGAAAACCAACCACCCAGACUCGAACAGCUCAUUCUCAACAACACCGGUGUGGACGAUGAUGCCACGCCUUAUCUGGCAUGUUGCUCGAAUCUUGUGGUGCUGGAACUAGCGGGUACAAAAAUAAGCAGUGCUGGUCUCUUUUCUGUCAUCGACGCCUGCCCUAAAUUACAAACGUUGAACCUCACGAGCUGUAGGGGCGUAAGUGUGACUGAUAGACGUCGUUUUUUCGAGGUGCGUGUGGCUAGAACAAGAUCUGCAUGA